CCCGUUACCUGAAAUUGUUUGGACUAUUCUCUGAUUUCUUCCACGAAUUUUGUGGAAGAAAUUUCACUAUUUAUUUGGGAUAAUAACAUCUAAAUUUCUCGUGUACAUUUGAAUUAGUUAAAAUGGUGGUAUCCGCGGACGUUCAUCUGCCGGAAGAGUCGGAAUUGACGGUGAAGGAGCUGAAUUUAUCGUCAGCAGUUUUGUAUGCUGGUUCUUUUCAUUUAGGAAAAUAUUGCGAACAAGCUAAUAAUGAGUUUAUGCUAUGUCGUCUCGAGGAGAAGGACCCUCGGAAGUGCAUCAACGAAGGCAAAGCGGUCACCGCCUGCACCCUGGAUUUCUUCCGGAAGGUGAAGAAGUCCUGCCUGGACGAGUUCAACCAGUACUCCAACUGUAUUGACAAGAGCUCCGGAGAUUACAGCUUGAAGCAAUGCCGCAAGACUCAAGGCGUGUUCGACAAGUGUGUGCUUGAGAAGAUGAACAUUGAGCGUCCUGCAUUCGGAUACUUCUGUGAGGCUCGUGUUCACGACACUAAGAGGCCAAAGCCCCUGGAAGAGCCAAAGGCGGUCUACCCAGACGCGACCCCGGCCCUACCAGACGACGCGGAAAGAAAGCCCGCGCGAAUGGGAUCCAGGUUCUACUGGAUGACAGAAUAAACAGCGCCCGUGCGAACGAGACGCUGUAUACUGGUUAUGUGCGUGAGAAAGAGAACGAACGAAUUCUGUAUUUAAAAUUCGCGGUUAUUUUGUACCUUUUUUUGGUUGUAAAUAUAAAAAAAUUGAAGGAAAUCCGGACAAAUA